UUGAGUGGAUCCAAUGAGCUGACGCCGCGUCCUGGGCCCAACACAGAGCAGCACGCCGGUGAUAAAGGGAACUAAAAACUACUAAGCGUGGCGUUUACGAGGCUUUUGCACAACGACCAGAACAGAAAAGUAUCAUAAAUAGCAGCGUGAAUGAAGUGGACCUCUUUCAUUUGCCAGUAAGAGAUAGCUCAUGAUGGGACCGAGGAAGCUGCCAGUCUUAUCACUCUUCUGCCUUGUUUUGGCUUUGUUGCCUCAUGAUGCAGCUUCUGUGGCUGUUAUGUCUGUCGAUCUGGGCAGUGAAUGGAUGAAAAUGGCAAUAGUUAAACCUGGUGUGCCAAUGGAGAUCGUCCUCAACAAAGAGUCGAGGAGGAAAACUCCAGCUGUUGUGUGCCUAAAGGAAAAUGAAAGACUGUUUGGUGAUAAUGCGUUGGGAAUGUCUGUAAAAAAUCCCAAAACAGUGUACAGAUAUCUUCAGUUACUGUUGGGUAAAAAGCUUAGCAACCCACAGGUGGCGCUCUACCAGAAACGUUUCCCUGAGCAUCAGAUACAAGUGGAUCCUCAGCGUGGCACAGUUUACUUCAAAUACUCAGAGGAUAUGCAAUAUUCACCAGAAGAGCUGCUUGGGAUGAUGCUCAAUUAUUCGCGUGUUUUGGCUCAGGAUUUUGCUGAGCAGCCAAUCAAAGAUGUAGUGAUCACGGUGCCAGCCUUCUUUAACCAGGCUGAGCGCCGGGCAGUGCUGCAGGCGGCACAGAUGGCCGGUUUAAAGGUGCUUCAACUCAUCAAUGACAACACAGCGGUCGCCCUUAACUACGGCGUGUUCAGGAGGAAGGAUAUCGAUAACAAUCCUAAGAGUGUGAUGUUUUACGACAUGGGCUCUGGAAGCACAACUGCCACCAUCGUCACGUACCAGACGGUGAAGACCAAGGACUCUGGGACACAGCCUCAGCUACAGAUCCGCGGUGUCGGUUUUGACCGUGGUCUUGGAGGUUUUGAGAUGGACCUGCGGCUGCGUGACCAUUUGGCCAAACUGUUCAAUGAGCAGAAGAAGAGCAAGAAAGACGUGAGAGAAAACCACAGAGCCAUGGCCAAGCUGCUCAAAGAGGCUCAGAGACUGAAGACUGUGCUCAGCGCCAAUGUGGACUUCAUGGCACAGGUCGAGGGUUUGAUGGAUGACAUUGAUUUCAAAGCCAAAGUGACUCGCAGUGACUUUGAACAGCUGUGUGCAGAUCUGUUUGAGAGGGUUCCCCAGCCAGUGAAUGACGCUCUCACCAGUGCAGAGAUGACAAUGGAUGAAAUCGAGCAAGUGAUCUUAGUCGGGGGCUCAACUCGUGUGCCGAAGGUGCAGGAAGUGCUGCUCAAAGCUGUUGGAAAGGAAGAGCUUGGGAAAAACAUAAAUGCAGACGAGGCAGCGGCCAUGGGCGCUGUGUACCAGGCAGCUGCUCUGAGUAAAGCCUUCAAAGUCAAACCUUUCCUGGUCAGAGAUGCAGCCGUGUUCCCCAUUCAGGUGGAGUUCAGUCGUGAAACUGAAGAGGAUGGAGUGAGAACUGUAAAACACAACAAGCGCAUUUUGUUCCAGCGGAUGGCGCCAUAUCCCCAACGUAAAGUCAUUACAUUCAAUCGCUACACUGAUGACUUCACCUUUGAGGUCAACUAUGGGGACCUCAGCUUUCUCUCUCAAGAAGAUCUCAGUAUGUUUGGCUCUCGAAACCUCACCACAGUCAAACUCUUGGGAGUGGGGAGCAGUUUUCAGAAACAUUCAGAUGCAGAAUCAAAGGGGAUCAAAGCCCACUUCAACAUGGACGAGAGUGGUCUUCUUCUGCUGGAUCGGGUUGAAGCUGUGUUUGAAACCAUUGUGGAGGAGAAGGAAGAGGAGUCAACAUUAACAAAACUGGGCAACACAAUUUCCACCUUAUUUGGCGGAGGAUCUUCUGACCCUGCUCCCAACAUAACAGAACCUGUCCAGGAUGAGGAGGAAGUUCCCCCUGAAUCUGGGAAGGACGACAAAGAGCCGGAUGGUAACAAUGAUCAGAACGAAAAAAUGGAGUUUGAGAAAAGUGAUUCUGAAAAGGAGAAGACGGAGGAGGCAGGCAGCAAGACGGACGCCAAGGAUGAAAAAGAUGCAGAGAAGUCCGAGAGCACAGACACUGACAAAGAAGAAGACAAAAAAACCAAACCACAGAAAAAAAGUAAAAUCUCAGAUGAAAUUUCUGUUGAACUGGUCAUUCAUGAUAUUGUGGAUCCCUCUACCGAUGACGUCCUCGCCUCCCAAAAGAAACUUCAGGAUCUGACUGACAGAGACUUGGCCAAACAGGAACGAGAGAAGACUUUGAAUAAUCUGGAGGCAUUUAUUUUUGAGACGCAGGACAAGAUGUACCAAGACGAGUACCAGCUGGUGGUGUCUGAGGAGGAGCAGGAGCAGAUCGUGGCGAAGCUGAGAGAGGUGUCUGAGUGGAUGGAUGAGGACGGAUACUCGGCCACCACCAAAGAGUUGCGCGCGAAGCUAACGGAGCUAAAGAGUAUGUGUAAGGACAUGUUCUUCAGGGUGGAGGAGAGGAGGAAGUGGCCUGAGCGCCUGGCCUCUUUGGAAAGCAUGCUCAACACAUCCAGUUUUUUCCUGAGGAGUGCCAGACUGAUUCCUGAGGAUGACCAAAUAUUCACUGAAGUCGAGUUAAACGUGUUGGAAAAAGUUAUAAAUGAAACAACUACUUGGAAAAAUGAAACUGUAGCAGAACAGGAGAAGCGCUCUCCCAAAGAACGUCCAGUCCUGUUGUCCAGAGAUAUUGAAACCAAGCUGGGUCUGCUGGACAGGGAGGUCAACUAUUUACUGAACAAGGCCAAGUUUGCCAAGCCCAAAACAAAGCCUAAGGCGAAAAACAGCACAAGCACUGAUAAAAGUAGUAAAGCAAAUACCACAGCAGAGGAGACGGUUAUCCCUCCAGCAGCCGAGAACUCGGACAAAACUACUGAGAGUCCAGAGGAGGUACAGCCCGCCGAGGCUCCACCCACAGAGGACAACACAGCACAAAAUGAAUCUGAUGACCAAUCACAGACACCCGAGGAAACAGAAACACCUGAAACGUCCGAAACUAAAAGCAACCACGUAGAUGACGAGUUAUAACAUCUGGAAUUAACAGAGGAACAAAGAAAUCUCACUAUUUAUUGACGGUGUGUAAAUGUUGAAGCUCCUCCCAUUUUUGUGUUUCCGUUUUUAUUUCCGUUCCCGGUAAAUGAACUCCUGGAGAUUAUUUGUUUGGAAAAGGUUGGACACCACUCAUCAUUUGGAUCAUGUCUGACAUAGCUACUGUGAGCAAACAAGCGCUCUUAUCAAACAAAUAUCAAAUAACAUUUCACCGUUGUUGUUGCUAGGAAACAUUAUCACUAUGGACACUGGAUUCUUAAUUUAACAUUUGUCCCGAAACUGCAACUUUAUGGACGCUUGGAAGGGCUCUGUUCUUAAAGAAUCUUGUUGCUUGGAUUAUGAUACUGGUCAUAAAUGGUAGUAAAGUAAGUUUCUGUCAGUUAUACAUAACUUAUUCAAAAAACUUAAAAGAACAUGGAUAAAACUCUUAAAGAUGCACUGUGCAACUUUUUGUGGUAUUGAUACUUUUCAGUGAUGUCACGCUGGAGGUGUUCUACGUGCAUCUCUAUUGGCUCAAUGUUCAUUAGUUACCAUGGUGACACACGUUGGCAAACACUGCCAAAGUUUUAAGUAUUAGAUGCAAGAUUACUAAAUUUAAUGCCAUACUGUGGAACAUUUCAGUCUGAACAAUAGCAUCAGAAAAUUGCACAGUGCAUCUUUAAAAUGAAUUAAAAUUGAGUUGAUUUGUGGCAAUUAAAAUCUAGUUUUUAUUUGUAUGAAGUAGGUCUUGAGUGGAAUUUAGGGUGCGUUCCCACUUGCAAAACAUUACUUCAAAAUUGGGAUUAAACUCAAAGCCUCUUGGACUAGAUGUGUGCGAAACCAGGACUAGAUGUGUGCGAAACCAGGACUAGAUGUGUGCGAAACCAGGACUAGAUGUGUGCGAAACCAGGACUAGAUGUGUGCGAAACCAGGACUAGAUGUGUGCGAAACCAGGACUAGAUGUGUGCGAAACCAGGACUAGAUGUGUGCGAAACCAGGACUAGACGUGUGCGAAACCAGGACUAGACGUGCACUAAACCAGGACAAAGCCUUCAUCAGGGCUAAACUGACUUCAAACCAAGACCAAACCAGAACUAGUGUGAACGCGCCCUAAAUGUUGAAGUUCAAGGCAUUUCAAAUCCGCACAGUGUGUUUUUCCUGGUAAACAGAUCCAUUGGUGCCCAUAUGAACUUGAAUUUAAGUACAAGCCGAAUACUUUUACUUUUAAUUAAAACUUUUUGCAUUUUAAAUCUUCACCAGCUGCUAAGAGUUGGACGAGGUGCACUUGAAUGUUCUGUUUUUACCUCGAGCAGUUGGGUCAUUUACAUCAGAGUUUAGGUUCACUGUGGACUUUUGUGUCGACACAAGAAAAGAGUGAGGGGGGUCUAAAUAAAUGUCUGGAAUGAAAGAUGGAAAAUAUUGUUUCUAAACUGUUAAUAAAAACUAUGUCUUUUUAUA